UCAGACUUGCUCAGACUGUUCUCUGGGUCAGGAACAGAUACGAUCUGCUUCUGGAGAUCCUAUCUACUGUCCUAUGAGACAGCCUGGCAGAGACAGUGUAUAUAGAAACCCUGCCUGAUUCUAGUCUCCACUUGCCUGAGAAGGACUUGAGAGGAUAUUGCCCUGGAACUUGAGUCAGGGAUCUGCUGGUGGGAAGAAAACACAACGAGCAGUCGCACUUCUCUGUUCUCUGGUUUUGUCUGACCUCAGGCGGUCUGGAGAUUGGAAGAAGCCCUACCCAUUGGAGCCUUUCUCUAUAAGACAAGACAAUAUACAACUGCAACAUGCCCUCCAUGUUUGAGAGAAUUACCAAGAAAUUGGUCAAAGAGAUCGGAGACCAAGAGCUCAGACCUGUCAAAUGCUUGGUGAGCGCCACCAAGAUACACCGGUUUUCUCUAAUACGGAGGAAGAAGGCUCGCUCUCGGUUUUGGCAACUACCCGAUAUCCCACUUGACGUCUCCCUCAUGCACAUCCUUGAACCAGGUUCUUCAGUCCCAGACACUGCUGUGGAAGUGUCUGCCGACUUCAGUGACACCGAGGUCAGGAAGCAGCAGGCGGCUGGGAGCGUGAAUGCUGGGGCAGAAGUGGGCUUCUCGGAGGAGACUGCUGCCUGCCGAGGGUCCUCCCUCAAGUACCAGAUUGUUAGCACCCCACAUGAAACCUGGCCAGAGCUUCAGAAGAGGAAACUGCCAGACCCUGAGCCGUACUUUCUGAAGCAAUGCCGGGAAGCAGGGGUGAAUCUGUAUGUUGUGACUGACACCGUGGAGCUGCUCAACAGCCCUGUGCUGCAGGAUCAUAGCAGUGUGAAGGUCUCAGGGAUAUGCUUCAUCCCUUGGAAUAUUUUUGUCAAGGGUAAAGGACAGGGGAGGAGUCUCCAAGUGAAAGAGAAGAAGCUGACUGUGCCAAAGGGCUCGGUGGUGGCAUAUAAGAGGAAGCAGCUGCUUUUCUACAGCACAGGCUGGGGCAUUCACCACAUCGCAGAUGAUAAUGAUGAUAAGGAAACCUUUCCAGCAGGUGGCAUGGAACCUCCCAUGUUUCGAAUGAGUGGCAUGGAAUCUGCCACCCCUCGAAUUGGGGCAGAUUUCCAGCUGCUACAAGAGGAAGUUUCCCAGAACGUCAAAGCAGCCGAGCUCUCGAAGGACAUGCAGAACAUUGUGUUCUCCAACCUCCUGGCCAUGCUUGGGGACCGCGAGGCUCUUCAGGACCUCAUGGACACGCUUGAACAGGAACCCUUCGGUCAUUUGGAUGGCGCUGGUGGCACCAUCCUAACUGAACUGCAAAAGGACUCCUGCCAUCCAGGGGUUGGCUCAAAGUGCCUCAUCCUUUACCUGCUUGAAACCUUAAUGGUGCUGAGUGACAUCCAACAUGUCCUGCUGGCUCAGUCCAUGGAGAAGAGGAUCCUCCUCCCGCAGAGGGACCUGGUGAGGAGCAUCCUGGAGCCCAACUUCAACUGCUCUGAGAACACUCCCUUUACCCUCCAGCCCGAGCUCCUGGCCCCACUCCAGGGGGAGGGCUUGGCCAUUACCUAUGGGCUGCUGGACGAGUGUGGCCUGAAGAUGGAGCUGAACAGCCCCGGGUCAACCUGGGACCCGGAAGCCCAGGAGCCUCUGUCUGCCCUCUAUGGGGCCCUCUCUGUGCUGAAGCAGCUGGCUGAGGCCCGAGCCAACCUGGAGGGCAGGCCAAGGGGUCAGUCUAUUCUGACUAGUCAGUCCCCGUCGUCCUGUCGUUUGAUGUAAACACCCCCAAGCUGUACUUUGUAUCGAUGAGUCUGUAUCUAUUCCACAAAUAAGGGAUAAGUCUUUGUCUUUGAUUUAUUUCGCUUAGCACAAGACCUUCAAGGUUGGUCCAUGUUGUCACAAACCACAGGCGACUCUGGCUGCUGAGUGGGGGGAUGGGUUGGAAGGUGGGGGGGCCCAUGUGGAUGUAGGGAGAACAUUGAAGGAGUUUCUCUAAUUGCCCAGGCACUCAGUGGUAUAUUUUAAAAGAUCAGUGGUAUAUCUUAAAAGGUAGGAGCUUGAAAAGUAGAUAUAUUUAAUUCUGGUUGAAGUAGAUCCCAGGAAUACUUGGGGGAUAUAUAUGUAAACUCAUAGGAUCACAUCCUUGUGCUUCUCCUAUUGAAUGACCAUGAUUGGCGCUAUUUUCUAAUGAAUUUAUAAUUUACACCAGAAGGUGGCAGCAUUGACACACAGAAGGAAGCUUGUUGGUGAUGGCACUUUCCUUGAUUUGCUUUGGGACUUCUGAGUUAAAGGCAGACCCCUCUCUCUGCUCUGCUCUCCCACCUCCCUCCCCGCCCUUUUCCCUUCUCUUUUGAUGCCUCCCUGCUGCAUUUAACGUGAUAUAGGCUGGGAGAAAUGGGGUGGGGCAGAGGGGGUCAACACUGCUUCUUUUUAUAGCCUCUAGAGUCUAGAACCUUCCUUUUAAACACUGCAUUGGUUGUAUUGAAUAAUUCCCAUAAAGAGCUCUGGGAGGUAAGAGUGAGUUAUGGGGAACUUAGAGCUGUUUCCAGUGUUUCUGGAAACGCCAGCCCUUCUGCCGGGAUUACUAUGGAUUCUGUGGGAAACCUGUUGUCUCAUGCUGAGCCCAGGCAGAAGCCCUGAAGAGCUUGAAUGUCGCUCAGUAAGCAGGGUAUAUAGUUUCUAAAUGAAUUCAGCCAAGCACAGAAACUUCAAAAUAUUGCAACCUUGGUCAACCCAUUGAAAAGCAGGGCUGGUGCAAAUGAUAGGGGGACUUAUAAUCUGAUAGAUAGAGCACCUGCAUUAAUCUGAAAAAUAAUCACAUAAUUUUAAAUCUUAGAACACAUAUACUAGUACUUAUGUGAAUAGGGGGUUAAGUUGUUCCUAAGUUUCCUUUCCAAGGCCUGUGCAAAGCAACUGAGGAGGUGACUCAGCUGUGAACCCAGCAAGCAGAACCAAUAAGCAUGGUCAGACCGACCCACUAGGAGUCAAAACAUCAUCUCAUCAACAUCAUCUCAUUUCCUGAUGAUUAAGGACAAUAGCUGAUGUCUGGGGACCCUCAGGGCUGCGCAUAGCUGCAUUGCAUCCCCAGCCUCACCCCAGCCCCUUCCCCUGUAUAAUCCUGUCCCCAUUGAAUGCUUGUAAGCACCCUCUCUUCUUGGUUGGCUGGCCUUCUCAAUAAAUGUCUUCUAUGAUUCGA